AGGACAGCACACCAUCACGCUAUCCAUGCUGGUGGAAGUGCUUGAGGAAAGCCAUUGCCAUUCUGUGCGGGUGCAGGCCCAUGGGAUGAAACAUCCACUGCAAGGAGAGCAUUCCCUCCAACUGGACGCACCGCACCCACUGGACAAGACCAACCUCUAUGACAUUGGAUGCACCGUGGAGGCCAAGGAGAUCUACACGUUCAAACCCAAGGCAGGCAAGACUGGGAUGCAGGUGUAUGAGAUGUUCCUUCCGCUGGGAGAAGGGCAUGGGAGCAUUGAGUGCAUUGUGCAGCACAAGGAGCAAGGACUGAGGGUCAAGAUCUAUCCACGCUACAUACACAUGAUCAAGGCCAAAGGACACCAGUACAGCCACAUGGAUCCCCGGACGAUGGGCACGGCCAAGACACGGCUGCGGGCGAUUGAGCAUUUUGUCUCAGAGAUGGACGAGUACCAUCAGCUGGGGGGCUACCGGAUAGAAGUGUCAGUGAGGGCAGCGACGCUGUCUGAGGUGCUGUCUAUCCUGGAGGAGAAGCCGUUGCUGAUGCUGGACAGCUGGGAUGAGUGGCUGUCUGUGCGUUGCUUCACUGUGGGAGAGGUGCGUGGGAAUGUGCUGAGGAUGCUGGGGCAUGCGUGGCGGCAGAACAUCCUGAUGGGGCGGGACAGCAAGAAGAUGGAUGAGCUGGGGAAGCAGGUGAUUUGCGACCUGGGGAAUGCGAUGGGGUGGAGCCCUGGAUACAGGAAGCCGACGCUGUGGAGCAGCAAGUUGGCGUGGUGGCGGGAGGGCCAAUUUGAGACGGGUGAUCAUGCAUGGGAUCCUGAGGUGGAGGAUGAGGAGAUGAAGGAGCUGAAGCCACGGCAUGAGAGAGUGGCCGAGCUGGGGGCUCGGAAUGAGAUGGUAGCAUUCUUCCAGUCUGUGCGGGGAGGGGUGCCAUGCUGUGACUGUGGAGCAGUGAACACGUACAACCUGGAUGGGGGCAAGGCGCAGUUCCGGCUGGCGUGCCGGGUGGCGAAGAACAGCGGGGUGGAGCAUCGUAAGCUGUCGCAGGAGGCAGCGCUGGAGUAUCUUAGUGAGCUGUGCCAUGCGAAUGUGAUCUAGGUAUGCAGAC